GCAGCAGCAGCGAACGAUGACAGCUCGUCGCGAGUCGCCCACACGUUGACGGCGUGCUCGCGGUGCCGACAGCGCAAAACACGAUGCGACCCUGGCCUACCACGCUGCGGACCCUGCGAACGGACAAACUCGGUGUGCGAGUACUGGGAUCCGGCCAAAGGCAAGAACGUCAACCGCGACUAUGUCAUCUACCUGCAGAACAGAGUGCGACAACUCGAAGCGGAGCUGGAAAAGGGCGAGGACGACGAAGGACACAACGACCCGGAGGUCAUGGUGCGCAGUGGUGCCGGCGUCAAACUGCAAGAGCACGACGAGACCAAAUACCUGGGCCCCUCGAGCGGCACUCAGAUCACGCGUCUCGUCAUGCAGCUGGCCAAACACUUUACCCACUCAAAGUCCAUCAAAGAGAUUGUCAAUGAGACAAAGGCCCGCCAAGUCAAGGCCCUCUAUGCCGAAGAGGCCUCCAAGCCCACGUCCAAGAUAUAUCCCCUGACCAGCGACGUCGCUGCAGAAGACCUCCCUGCUCGCAGCUUGACCGAUCUCCUGAUCCAACUCUACAAUCUCAAGGUCCAGCCAAUGUAUCCUGCCCUGCACGAGCCUUCGUUUGCAAAAGAUGUCGAUGUUGUCUACAAUGGUAGCCCGGAUCCCUAUCAGAACUACAUCGUUCGCAUGGUAGUCGCCAUCAGUCUGCAAAAGAUGGAUACCCAAUACGCCGGCCUGGCCGACAGCUACUAUCUGGCUGCUCUGCAAUAUCUCAGCCCUGUCAUUCGACCCAUGAACCUGAAAACUCUGCAAGCUUUCGCCCUGAUUGCAGAGUACUCGUUGCUUACGCCCACCCGAACUGCCAUCUAUUACGUUAUGGGUCUUGCCGUCCGUCUCGCUCAAUCUCUGGGCAUCAACGAAGAGCGUACCAUCACUCGCACGCAGUCUGGCGGCAAGGCCGAUUGUCUGGAAAUCGAUAUGCGCCGUCGCCUAUUCUGGUGCACCUUUGUCAUGGAGCUUGGCCUGUCGCAUGCUCUAGGUCGUCCGUCCAUACUCGCCACACACCAAGAUCACAUCGACGUCGAAUUCUUCGAGGCAGUUAGCGACGAGUACAUCACCCCCGACGGCAUUUCUCCUGGUGCUCCCAGGCCGAGUCUCAAAAAGUGGAUUGCCAUACACUUCUUCAAGAUGCGCAUGCUCCAGCUUGAGAUCCGAAGAAAGCUGUACCAGAAGAAAAGAGCUACUCCGAAAGACGACAAGGACAUCUGGUUCCUCCAAAUGCAGGCUAAACUCGAGUCAUGGAGAGAUGCAAGUCCGACCAAGGACGAAGGCAGUGGCCUCAACAAAGUCUGGUUCAUCGGAAGAUACAACACUAUGGUUGUCUUCCUCUACAGACCAUCGCCACAGGUGCCUAAUCCAUCCGUCUCUGCCGCCUUGAAGGUCUUUGAAGCUUGUCGCUACAACAUCUACCUUCAGAGAGAACAGAUCACUAUGGGCAACGUUGAUCUGACAUGGAUCUUUGUCCAAGCAAUCUUCAUGGCUAUUAACAGCCUCUUGUGGUCGCUGUCAUUUGCCGAGGUGCGCAAGCAGAAUCCUAGACAGGACGUCCAGAAACAUCUACAUACUGCCAUGGAAGCCAUCAGACUUGGCUCGGAACGUUGGCCAGGUGUACUAUCAGCUAUUGAACUCUAUCACGAUCUAAUCUCGGCAAUCUUGAAAGCUUACGACAAAGAUGGUGAUAUUCCACUCCAAGAAGCGACUCCUUCAGACACCGCUUCCCCUAGUGGGAAUCCCUACUCACCAAAUGCCAGUCACUCACUAGGCGCGAGCCCGGGAACGAUCUCGACCGUCUCGGUAGCCACGCCGCCAGAAAGGAUCGCUCCUUAU